AUGUCUCGAGGACUGUGUAACUCUGAGCUUACUGGCAAAAUCAAGCGUUACAUCGAUGGAGGCCCACCGUAUGUUGGGUUCAUACGAUUUCACGUCAAAAGCCUUACAAAGGAUCUUCUAGAACAGAAUCGUGUUGGUAACGGAACUUCCAAUAUUUUCUCUACUUCCGCAGUACCCACGGCUGCUACAUCCGGCUGCUAUGGUACUAGUGCAAUCAACGCAUCAGUCCUGAGGCACAUGACUAUCCUUUUGCAAGUUAUUUGCCUAUACACCGAGGGAUCCUGUAAUGCCAGAUUCAGAAAUACAGGCUUGUUGAAACAGCCCUUUGAUGGACAAAAUCUACCAGUUAAACCAAAUCCUUCUGAUCAUUUGUCUGAUGCAUGUUUGGCCUCUGGGAUUGCUGUUGUUUCAACCAACACUACAAAUCAGCAUCAAUUUCAGCCUACAAAACCACUGUUGAAAAACUCAUCAGCUUCCUCUAUGUCAGCUUUUCGUAUCAAUUCCUAUCUUCUUGGGAAAUUGGGUGCUAUAAAACUUUUGCUUAAGGCCCUUUCUACGGUGGCCGGACUUCCAAGGUCUUCAGGACCUCCGAUAACUACUGUCGAUGCUAUUACAUCAGCCUUUUCUCAAUCAAAUAUGAAGACUAGCACCACAGUGGAAAACACGACAAGUCUGCCUAUGUCUAUCAAUAUAGCAGACAAGUUAGCUAACUAUCUAACAAGUCAAGCAAAUCGACACUUAAUCGAUUCAAGUGAGACUGACGAUAGUCUUGGUACUCUGGGCCAGCUUUCGUCAGACUUGGUUGUUUCAUCUGGAAAAUUCAGCACUGGAUCCUUUGAGCAGAGCUUAAUCAAAACAUCUUCCGGUUUAAUUCUGGGAAGUCCGAUUGUAACUAUGGUUACUGCUACUGCGGCCGCGAUCAUUCAUCGUCAACGUCAAAUGAAUGCAAAACGUUAUCGUCCGGGCCGAUGUGUUCGGCGCAGCAAUUCUUUAGCAGUACUUUAA